GCCCCUGAUUCCAAGGCCACGCCCUUUCCGUGGCCACAACGCUUCCGCUUCCGGCGGUGUCCGCUGCUGUGCGCGGGAAGGUGAUGGCGGCGGGUGGCAGUGACCCGCGGGCUGGCGAUGUAGAGGAGGACGCCUCACAGCUCAUCUUUCCCAAAGAGUUUGAAACAGCUGAGACACUUCUAAAUUCAGAGGUUCACAUGCUGCUGGAGCAUCGAAAGCAACAGAAUGAGAGUGCAGAGGAUGAACAGGAGCUUUCUGAAGUCUUCAUGAAAACUUUAAACUACACAGCUCGCUUCAGUCGUUUCAAAAACAGAGAGACCAUUGCCAGUGUCCGCAGCUUGUUGCUCCAGAAGAAGCUUCACAAGUUUGAGCUGGCCUGUUUGGCCAACCUUUGCCCGGAGACUGCUGAGGAGUCCAAGGCUCUGAUCCCGAGCCUGGAGGGACGGUUUGAAGACGAGGAGCUGCAGCAGAUCCUUGAUGAUAUCCAGACCAAGCGCAGCUUCCAGUAUUAAUCUAGAGAUACCAGCCUGCUGCCAAGGGAGCCAUGUCACAUCCCAGCACAACACCACUGUCCCAGCGUCUGGGGCAGACUUGCAAGUCUGUGGCACAAGACACUUGGGCUUCCUUUGGGUAGAAGAACCCAGCGCUCAGUCUCCAUGUGGGUUGCUAUGUCCGUACUUGACUGCCGGACCGCGAUGACCAGUGUGGCCUUAGGCCUUGCAGUGGCUGCCUGAGCUUGCCUUUAUGAACGGUGAGGUGGGGUGAUGUGCGUGUAAGCUACGCUGUGGACUGCCUCAUGUGGGUCUUGGCCCUGAUGUUAUUUUUGAUGCCUAAUAUUUCAUGUUUUAAUUUCAGUGUGUUUGUAGUUUUGAAACUAUACUGGAACAUAUAAAACUGGCAUGGGAAACAGUCUUACCUAAAUGCAAAAGAAGGGAUUAAACCAGACCCAUGUCAUUGUUUGAAAUUCUUAAAGAAAAAAUAAUAGAGCCUUUGGCAUCACUGUGUUUAACCCAAGAGACAGGGAAGAGGCGCACCAAGGAAAGCAGGUACAUCUGAGGAUAACUGCUGAGCGCUGAGGGGCACGUAGCCGUGAGGUGGACAAGUACUGUUCCUUGUUUUUUCUCCAGUUGUUGCAGAACAUAGAUUUGGAGUAAGUGGUCUUAAAGCACUUAUUUUUGUCACUCUCAAAUUCAGAUUUUUUCCUUCCUAGGCCAGUGUGGUGAAGGUAUGAGCACAUUGUAGUGCCCCCUUUUGGGGCAUAUGGUCCAAACCUUUGGCCUGCUGCUUAGCAAGCAGAUGCUGUGUGAUGGGCUAUUUUGGAAGCAGGGCGCCUGCCCCUUCCUGAACCCCUGUGGGGAAGUCACUUGCCCUGAGGCUGGUCGGAGGGGAGACACGUUAAUAGGUCAACACUGUGGUUCUGAAUUUUCUAAAGGAAAAUGCGCCUGUUUUCUUCACAAUUUGGAGACUUUUCCUUGAGAUACUUGUUGGCUCCAACUGAAUUCGUGAUCCAAGGAAAAGGUUGGGGAAAGAACAAAAUUGGCUUCAAAAGUCCUGGUAGUUUUAUGUCAGCUGUGGCUAAGGCAAUAAUAACAUUUUCUUAUUUUUAUAAAUUCUUUUGAUAUCUGAAAUGACAUGGUUUCUUAGUCACCAGUAUUCUUGAUCAAUAUUUGAAGGAAAUGUCGAUUAUAACUUAGCUAAAUAUUUGAAGAAAUAAUCUUUUCAUCCUUGGGCAACUUCACUUCUUUUAGACUCAUUGUUCCCUUUAGUGUAAAAUGUGCAUAAUAGUGGUAUCUAUUCCAUAGGUGUGUUGAAGAUUGAAUGAGACAAUUAUUAAAAAGAGCCUAGUGGGGGCUGACAUUCUGUACCCCGAUAAGCAUCAGCUGUCGUUAGUAUUGUAGUCAGUGGUAUACGUCGGUAAUCGGUCAGCUUACUGCAGAGAAAUUCAUGCAAGGAUGUGAUAGCAUACCAAACUGUGAAAACGAGCCAGACCGCUUACUCCUUGAAGUCUGCAGUAUUAAAAUGUUAUGAGAGAGGCAGUUACAUGGUUGGCACCAAGCACUGGGACACAAACAGACCCAGAUGGCAGACCUGAGUCCUGAUCCAGGUGUGUGUGCCGUAUGGUGAGUGCAGUGCAGUGUCACAUCUUCGUUGGUGUGUCCUCUGUGAGCCAGGAGGCUGUGUGCUCCCUAAGAGUGUUAGACCAUGGUAGGUACCUGGCAUAUAGUUAGGCACUGAUAAGUGGUAGGUAGUAAGGUGACUAGAAACAAAUUAAAAAAACAACUGGUGGGAAGGGUGUAGCUCAAGUGGUAGAGCGCAUGCAUGCUUAGCAUGCAUGAGGUCCUGGGUUCAAUCCCCAGUACCUCCUUUAAAAAUAAAUAAAUAAACCUAAUUACCCACUCCCCCAACCCCCCCCCCAAAACCUAACAACUUAUUCUAGGGAAUUAGUUGUAAAAGGAACCUCAUGCUGCAUUACCUCAUCUACACCUGCUGAACAUCGCUCUCUGGAGCAGCUCCCUGUCAGCCCACAGGAGACCCUGAGGCCCUGAACGAUCUUUCAUCAUCUGUGAAACAUCGUUAGACUCACUGUACUGUUGGCAGAAGAGAAUUUGGAAACAUUAAAAGAAAACAAAACCUUAUGUCAAAACCUCACUUCACCAGAAAGCUAACCAGACAACAUUUUCUGAACAUUCUAGUCAUUUCAGUUUUAUAAAAAUUUAUUAAACUUGAGUCUUGAAAACUU